CCUAUGUAUUCUUUUUUGACAGUUCGUGAAUUGUUACGAAUAGUUCUCGUAUCUCAAAAUAAAUAUAAUCUUGCUAAUUAGAAGCAGAUAAACUUCAAAAUUUUGAUUUUAGUAUAACCACUUAAACAUAACACAGCCGGAUCGCAAGUUCUGUGUAUGUCAAGUAUUAUCUACAGCAAUGACUUCACACACGUAAAAGUUCAUUUUGAGGCAGCGGUCAGUCGUACGUUUUUAUGUUGAAGUCUAUUAGUCCAGAUCCGUCGAGAACCAUCGAGAAUAGUGUUGAAUUUCGUCAUACUGAUCGUUUCCUAAUUUUGGCAAGAUCGUCUUUAUAAAAGCAACUGGUAGUCACUGGAUACACAUCAGUUUAACGAUAAUAAUCAAAGAUAAAAUAUCUAAUAAAGGUUAAAAAAAUGGUUAGUGAAAAUAUGUCAACCCAACCAGAGGAUCCUAAUACGUGCAAAGAACGUGGAAAUGAAGAAUUCAAAGCCGGUUACUGGGAAUCGGCUGUUACGUGGUACUCCAAGGCAAUCAAGCUAGGCCAAAAGCAUAAGGACUUGCCUGUUUACUACAAAAAUCGAGCGGCAGCCUAUCUAAAGUUGGAAAAGUUUGAGGAAGCUUCAGAAGAUUGCAGCAAAUCGUUGGAAGGCAGCCCCAACGAUCCAAAGGCAUUGUUCAGACGCUUUCAGGCUUACGAAGGCUUGGAAAAGUAUGAGGAAGCUUAUAAAGAUCUGCGAACGAUUCACACCUACGAUCCUAAUAACAAAACAAUUCAACCACACCUAGAAAGGUUACAUGAGAUUGUACAGGAUAGAGCAAGACAACGAGCGCAGACUUCGAACAAAGUAACGCAGAUGUUCCAGAUUGCCUUUGAUUUGACUGCGUCCCCUGAGAAGCGAGAGCAAGCGAUGAAUAACAUAGUUGUAUUAGCUCGUGAAUCUGCUGGGGCAGAAGUUAUGUUGAAAGAAGGCCUAAUUACUCGUAUUGGAAAAUUACUUAAAGUAGAAAAGAAUAAUAAUAUUUACAUGAAUGCGAUUCGUGCUAUUGAUACAGUGUGCACCAAAAGCGCGGAUCGGACCAAGACUGUAAUAAAAGAGCUCGGGAUUCCUUGGUUCCUGCAAAUACUUGACAGCAAUAUAGAGGACCGUGUGGCGGCAUCUCAACAUUGUAUGCAAACUGUUUUGAAUUCGCUUAGCGGAAUGGAAAACAAGGAUGAAACAAAACCGAUUGCAGAUCUUGUGGAAUCCAAUAAGCAACUUAUCGAUACGCUUCUCAGUUGUCUUGUAUACUCUGUAACAGAACGAACAAUCACGGGACUGGCGAGAGAUGCCAUCAUGGAACUGUUGAUAAGAAAUGUGCAUUAUAAAACUAUCGAUUGGGCUGAUAAGUUAGUGGAAAUGAAAGGAUUGUUGCGUCUGAUGGAAGUUUGCUCUGAACUAGAGGAAUACAAGUAUGAAAGCGCUAUGAAUAUCACACCUUCCUCCAGAACGAUUGCUGCAGUUUGCUUAGCACGCAUUUAUGAGAACAUGUACUACGAUGCAGCACGCGAAAAGUUUACGGAGCAGAUUGCGGAUUUUGUUAAGGAUAAAUUGUUGACACCAGAUCAUGAGUCUAAAGUGCGUGUAACAGUAGCCCUUACUUCAUUAUUGAUGGGUCCGCUGGACGUCGGCAAUACAAUGAUUUCUAGGGAGGGAAUAAUGCAAAUGAUCUUAAUAAUGGCUCAAUCUGAAGAUCUGCUAGAACAGAAGGUUGCAUGUGAAUGUAUUAUUGCAGCUGCGUCGAAAAAAGAUAAAGCCAAAAGUCUUGUUCAGUCUGGUGCUGAGAUUCUGAAAAAACUUUACACUUCGAAGAAUGAAGAAAUUCGGGUCCGUGCGCUUGUUGGUCUUUGCAAAUUGGGUAGCUCAGGUGGCCUGGACGCUUCCAUUCGUCCUUUCGCUGAUGGUUCUACUAAAAAGUUAGCAGAAGCUUGUCGUAGGUUUUUAGUAAAACCUGGCAAGGAUAAGGAUAUUCGCAAGUUUGCUGCUGAAGGUUUAGCUUAUUUAACACUUGAUGCCGAUGUGAAGGAAAAGCUUGUAGAGGAUCGGGCCGCUAUACAAGGUUUGAUAGAGUUGGCUAAAACUGGAGACCAGUCUGCAAUUUAUGGUGUAGUAACUACGCUGGUCAACCUAGUGAAUGCAUAUGAAAAGCAAGAGAUAGUUCCGGAGUUGGUGGAACUAGCGAAGUUCGCAAAACACCAUAUUCCUGAGGAACAUGAGCUCGACGAUCCGGAUUUUGUGAGUGGAAGAAUUAUAGUUCUAGCGAAUGAAGGAGUUACCACCGGUCUUGUGGCAUUAUCAAAAACCGAAAGUGAUAACAGUAGGGAAAUGAUUGCACGUGUUUUCAACGCUCUUUGUAGCGAGCAAGAUGUUCGAGGCAAAGUUGUUCAACAAGGAGGAGCGAAGGUGUUGCUUCCGUUGUCUUUAAAAGGAACUCCUAACGGAAAACGUCAUGCAGCACAGGCUCUCUCGCGUAUUGGAAUAACUAUCAAUCCUGAGGUAGCAUUUCCUGGUCAGCGAAACUUGGAAGUUAUCCGACCUCUGCUGAAUCAACUUCAUCCAGAUUGCAGCUCGUUGGAGAAUUUCGAAGCUUUGAUGGCCCUUUGCAAUUUAGCAGCCAUGAAUGAGACUACUCGGCAGCGCAUUUUAAAAGAAAAUGGUUUGAGUAAGAUUGAAUCGUACAUGGCCGAAGAUCAUCUGAUGUUACAGCGGGCUGCUUCUCAGGUUAUGUGUAACCUUGUUCAAUCUCCGGAAGUCAUAGAACUCCAUGAAAAAGAGAAUGACCGGGUAAAAUUGUUAGCUCUGCUCACGCAAGAAGAAGACGAGGAAACGGCAAAAGCCGCAACUGGAGCUUUGGCGUUGCUUACAAGUGUCAGUGAAAAGUGCUGUGAAAAAAUGUUUUCACCCGCUUCGUGGUUUGAAAUCUUUCAAACUAUGGUGGCGAACCCAAGCCCAGAUGUGCAACAUCGUGGGCUUGUAAUUAUUUACAAUAUUGUCAAAGCAAACAAGACUUUAGCAGAGAAAAUUUUCGAUACAGAACUGUUACGACUGUUAUACGGUGCUACGCAGCUUAACGACGAGAGGCGAGCUAAAGCAAUAGAAAUGGCAGAGAAGUGCCUUAAGGUGGCUGAAGAGUACCGAUUGAUUGAAGAAAACAAGGAUGCCGAUUUGGCUCCCGAUGUCUUCCAGCAGUCGCAAGAGGCGACUAUCGAGGAGCUCGACGAUUAAUUCAAAUGACUACAUUAUAUUUUGUACUUAAACAAAAUAGAUUUUCAUAACUAUUAAAACACAGUUCAUUUAUGCUUUUUAUUAUCGAUAAAGUUUUUAUAUUAUGCAUUCAUGUAGUCAUUUAUGUAACAAUUCCUCAAUAAAUGAGUUUUUCGAUUUUUAUCAAUUCA